UUAUGACCUAGGUCCCGCUGCAGUGAUGGUCGCUGACUACGCGAGACCUAUUUCAUGUCUAAAUACGCAUUUACCGUAACAGGAAGCGGCUACGGAGCACUGACAGACAAGCUCAGUAUUUGGCAGCUGCCGUCGGUCACGUGUAUUGUGGGAACUGUAGUUUUCGUCUGUCUUCCGGGUGAAAUCAACUGCUUCAAUAAAAGUGCAGAUGAUCAACAAGAUGGAGCAGAUGACGGAUCGGAUCCUAAAGCACGCUCUGGAAAUCAUCUACCUGCUGACCGGAGAGGAAUACACCGUUGUGAAGAAGAAGAAAUCCCGCCCUAGAGGUACCGACCUGCUGACCCAAGAGGUCCCUAUAAAGUGUGAUGAUUUCGCCGUCUAUUUCUCAGUUGAGGAGUGGGAGUAUAUAGAGGGGCACAAGGAAUAUUACAAGGAUGUCAUGAAGGAGACUCGGCAGACCCCAGAGACACUGGAAAUGUCUGCAGACAUGAGACUGGGCGCUUGUAAUACUGAAUGUGCAUCAGAUGAGGAAAACAUAGAUCAGAUGAGUGCGAGAGUCGAUCUGGACGCUGAGGAGCAGGAAAAGCUAGAAAAUGAUGCAAAUGAUGAUAAACAUUGUUCCGUGACCGUUAAUGAGACUACAGAGGGUGACAGACAUGAGAAGGAUUUUCAGCACACGGACGUCUGUUUGGACCCAUGUACAGCAGAAACCAAAAAUGAAAUUAUAGAAAGCAGCGAAAAAAUUGAGGAGACAAACGUCUGGCGUCAAAUAGAAACCCUGGAACAGGAAAUUCAGGAAAAUACCAGCGCAGGCGCACAUGACAAACCUCUAUACUAUGUGUCCGAUGAUGAGGAACCAGAGGAUGAGAGACGGGAUACAGAUAUUUACCAGAUUACAAUGCCCACAGACGCAUAUGAAGGUCUACAUGACAGAGAGCUAUAUUGUGUAUCAGAUAAUGGGGAAAAUGAGAGAUCGAGACAGCAUAAGGAUAUUGAAGAGAGAGAGGACAAUUCAGACCCCUGUGCAGAUCAAUGGAUGGGCAUAGAUAUGUCUGGUGCGUAUGACCAAUCCAGUAGACCAGAAAAUCUUGUUUGUGAAGAAGGAGCAAACCAUGUUAAUAGAAAGGCUCCGUGUGAUACUUAUAUGGGAUUAAUGACUGAAGGAUUAAUCCCCAACAAAGAUGUGGCUUUGAUGGAACCACACUUAUACACACACGCACAGAGCAAAAUAAUGCAAUAUCCUGUUCGUUUAUUUAAAAAAUAUAUAAAAGAAAACUCUAGUGCAUCAAAAACACACAGCAAUGACUAUAAUCGCAAUAACGUCAAACGGGGAGGCAACUCUAAUCCAACGCGUUUCACCCGCAAGCCCAUUUCUACUGGCUCAAAACCCUUUGUGUGUAUUGAAUGUGGGAAAUGUUUUACUCUCAAGUCCCGGUUUGAUUUACAUCAGUGCGCUGACACUGGAGAGAAACGGUUUGCGUGUUUUGAGUGUGGAAAAUGUUUCAAACAGAAGUCGCAUCUUAUUACUCACCGUCGCAUUCACACCGGAGAGAAACCUUAUGCGUGUCUGGUUUGUGGGAAUUGUUUCAGUGACAGAGCAAGUUUUGUCCGACAUCAGAGAAUUCACACAGGAGAAAAACCCUAUGUGUGUAACGAUUGUGGGAAACAUUUCAGGCAGAAGACGCAUCUAAUCUCACAUCAAAGAGUUCACUCAGGAGAGAGACAGUUUGCAUGUUCGUAUUGCCGAAAUUGUUUCAAUGACAGAGGAUCUCUUGCCAGACAUCAAAGAAUUCACCUAGGAUAAAGAGCAAUAAACUGAAUUUAGGUGUUAUGUUAACGCCUUACGUAUUUAGGAUGAACUCUCAGCAGUGCAAUCAUAGUUGGUUUUCCGUUUCUGCAGUUCAACUAUAAGGUUGAAAGAUUAGAUAUUAUUCUGUUAAAGUAAAUGGUAAUUUAGUUAGUUAUACCUUAUUGUUUAUGGCACAUCAUGGGAAUUGCAUUGGUUUAGAAUAUUAUUGUUUGCUCUGUCAGGCUCCAGUCCGCAGAUAUUUAGUUUAUUGGUAGAGAACUAGUCUUAUGUCCUUUUUCUUUAGACAAAGUAGGAUUUUUUUUUUUAACCUACUGUUUUUGUCUUAUCUUUUAAACUAACCAUAUAGGUGAUCCUAUUAACCAACAAUGAAAUGGAUCUAAAUUUGGAUACAAUGUAUUAUUUUUAUUAAAACAGUUUGUUAACCAAAAAGCCACUUUGCAAAUGAGUUAAAUGACCUAUCUUUGAAAUCUAACGGCUAGAUUACGAGUUUUUGUCGGUAAGGCUUGCGGGGCUAACGAGCCUUUUUUCCCACCGCUCCCUUAAGACAACGCUGGUAUUACAGGUUUUUUUAAACCUGGCGUUAGCCGCAAAAAGGUGAGCGUAGAGCAGAAUUUAGCACCACAUCUCACCUCAAUACCAGCGUUGCUUAUGGUAGCGGUAAGCUGGCAAAACUUGCUUGUGCAUAAUUUCCCCAUAGGAAACAAUGGGGCUGAACUGGCUAAAAAAAAACAACUAACACCUGCAAAAAAGCAGCGUCCAGCUCCUAACGCAACCCCAUUGUUUCCUAUGGGGAAACACAUUUUAUGUCUACACCUAACACCCUAACAUGAACCCUGAGUCUAAACACCCCUAAUCUUAGACUUAUUAACCCCUAAUCUGACGCCCCCGCUAUCGCGGACACCUGCGCCACCCUUAAUCUGCCGCUCCGGACACCGCCGCCACCUACAUUAUCCCUAUGAACCCCUAAUCUGCCCCCAACAUCGCCGACACCUACAUUAUAUUUAUUAACCCCUAAUCUGCCCCCUCAACGUCGCCGCAACCUAACUACACUUAUUAACCCCUAAUCUGCCGCCGCCAACUUCGCCGCUACUAUAUUAAAUUUAUUAACCCCUAAAUCUAACCCGAAGUCUAACCCCCUAACUUAAAUAUAAUUUAAAUUAAACAAAAUAAAUUUAACAUAAUGAAAUAAAUUAUUCCUAUUUAAAACUAAAUACCUAUAAAAUAAACCCUAAGAUAGCUACAAUAUAACUAAUAGUUACAUUUGUAGCUAUUUUAGGAUUUAUUUUUAUUUUACAGGCAACUUUGUAGUUAUUUUAACUAGGUACAAUAGCUAUUGUCAGGUUAGGUUAAGUCCGGAAUCAGACCCAAUAGCUGAGUGAAUUAGAAUAAUACUCAGCACACUGAGUAAAACCCAGGAUGUGACCCCACGACAACUUCUAUUAAACACAGUACUCACACAGACAGAAUGGAACACUUGGGGUUCAGAACAGGGUACCAGAUGUCUUGAUGGUAGAUAGUGUGGGGUCAAGCCAAGGCGUAGUCAGACCAGCAGUAUUCGGCAACAGAAGAUCAGACAGUUCAGGGUUAAACAAUAGCGUGAUCAGUAUAGCAAGGUUUGGCAACUUGUAUUCAGACAGUUUAGGGUUAAACAAUAGCGUGGUCAGUAUAGCAAGGUUUGGCAACUUGUAUUUAGGCAGUUCAGGGUUAAACAAUAGCAUGGUCAAUUCAGCAAGGUUUGGCAACUUGUAUUCAGGCAGUUCAGGGUUAAGCAAUAGCGUGGUCAGUAUAGCAAGGUUUGGCAACUUGUAUUCUGGCAGUUCAGGGUUAAGCAAUAGCGUGGUCAAUUCAGCAAGGUUUGGCAACUGUAUUCAGGCAGUUCAGGGUUGGGCAAUAGUGUAGUCAGAGUAACAAGGUUUGGCAACAGGAAAUCAAUCUCAGACAAAGUAAAUAAGAUAGAGGACUCACAGCCACGAAAAGGCAAACGGACCACCGGAAUAAGAAGGCAUCUGACGUCAUCAGAGGGAAGUGGCUACGGUGCGUUACGUUGCUAGGCAACGCAGAUACGCCAGAGGACGGCUAUUUAAUAACUACCUAGCUAUUUAAUAACUACCUAACUAUUUAAUAACUACCUAGCUAAAAUAAGUACAAAAUUACCUGUAAAAUAAACCUUAACCUAAGUUACAAUUACACCUAACACUACAGUAUCAACCUAAUUACCUAAACUACCUACAAUUAAUUACAAUUAAAUUAAAUAAACUACAUUACGAAAAAAAAACACUAAAUUACAGAAAAUAAAAAAAGAAUUACAAGAAUU